GCAAAACCAAUCAUUUCCCACCACGUGUCCAUCAUGGAUUCGCCCUCUCUCGGGAGACACGUUUCAAACACUAUCACAUGACUCUCACGUGCCCAAUCACUCCCUCAAACGUGCCCAAAUUCCAACAAUCUCCUUCAAUCCAGAAGCAGCUGCAGGCGUGAAAAUCCCUACAGUCACCUGAAAAACUCACUUGAACACUCUCACCCAAACACAAAGAACGAUAGAAACCAAUGCCACGUCACAAGGUCCCACUCCAGCACCUCAAACUCCGGUCCGAUUAUAAAAAACAUCAAAGCUUUCAACUCGCCGAAGAGGAGAAGCCAGAGAACCGAGAAAACUCACCGGCGAUGAGGUUGCGAAAGCUCUACGCGCUCAUCGGCGGCCUUCUUCUCAUUGCCGUCGUCUACCUGAACUUGGUUCCCGGAUCCGGAUCUGGAUCGGGAUCCGCAUUCGAGAUCCGGAUUCCGAUCCCUUGGCUGCAGCCGAAGAUGGGGUUUGUGACUCGGAACUUGACUCGGUUCGUUGACUCGGAGACGGGCUUGCCGGUGUACGUCAAUGGGUGGAACUCGUACUGGUUGAUGAGCUCUGGGUCUAAGGUUAGGGUUUCGGAGAUGCUGCGGAGAGGGAGGGAGAUGGGAAUGGGGGUUUGCCGCACUUGGGCGUUCAGUGAUGGCGGCGCCAAUGCUCUCCAGCUCUCCCCUGGUCGCUUGGAUGAACGCGUCUUUGAGGCAUUGGAUUAUGUGAUAUAUGAAGCGAGGAGGAAUCAUAUACGGUUGAUUCUCUGUCUUGUAAAUAACCUUGAUGCAUUUGGUGGGAAAGCUCAGUAUUUACAAUGGGCAAAGGAUGCCGGGGAAAAUGUUUCUUCAUCUGCUGAUUCUUUUUUCUCACACCCUACUAUAAAGGGCUACUAUAAAGACUAUGUAAAGACCAUUGUAACAAGAAAGAAUACAUAUAGUGGAGUCACAUAUUCUGAUGAACCUGCCAUUUUUGCUUGGGAGCUCAUGAAUGAACCUCGAUGCAUAUCAAAUUCAUCUGGUCCUCUUCUGCAGGCUUGGAUUACUGAGAUGGCUUCUUACAUAAAAAGUCUGGAUUCAAAUCAUCUUGUCACUGUUGGUAUAGAGGGAUUUUAUGGGCAUCCAAGAACGGGAAGAUUGGGAGUAAAUCCAGGCCAAUGGGCAGCUUCACUUGGUUCGGAUUUUAUACAAAAUUCAGCAAUUGAACAAAUAGAUUUUGCCUCGGUACAUGCAUAUCCGGACAGCUGGAUUCCACAUGCAAGCCUCAAGGAGAAGGUCAAGUAUCUUGCAAGAUGGGUGGAUUCUCAUGUGAAUGAUAGUCAAAAUGUAUUGAAAAAACCAGUUCUUUUUACAGAGGUUGGAUCCCAUUUACGCAUAAAGGAAAAUGGAUCAUAUGACCGGGAUAUUUUACUAAAGACAGUAUAUGAUAAAAUUUAUGAAUCUGCGGAACUUGGGCAAGCUGGGGCAGGAGCUUUGAUUUGGCAAUUAAUUAUCGAAGGAAUGGGAGAUUAUGAAGAUGAGUUCUCAUUUACAGCAAAGGAGCAUCCAUCCACCUAUAAAUUGAUAAUGCAGCAAUCUUGCAGGUUGAGGAACUUGUUCAGAAAAACCGACAUUCAUAGCAUGAAAAGCUCAAACUGCUCAGAAAUUAUAUGAUGAGGAUUAGCAGAUAUUGUUUGAUGGCCAAUCAAAUGUUUUUUGUUACCGAGAUUGUUAUAUACCAACAAUGACUGAGGCAUGUGUAUUGUUUGGAGGUUAAAAAGUACAGCAAAAUGUCAAUUGAAUGGUAUCUAGAAAUUCCAACAUGUGAUAAGAGAUUAGAGAUUGUGUAGAAGAUUAGUUCUUUCAAUUUGUAUACAGAAAGUUGUUGUGAAUGAUGAAACUUUGUAUUAUUGAUUGUGUAGUGAUUAGUUGUUGAUCAUCAACCAAAUGAUGAUGCAAUUAUGUAAUAAAGACCACGAGUUAAAAUAAAUAAUUUUUGGAUUC